CAUCUUUGUUAUCAACCUAAAUAAACUAUCAAUUUUGAUUUUCAAAUGUUUAUUUUUAAUCUCGUUAAUCGAGUUAAUUGUUUCAUUUUGUGUCAUUUUUAACUUUAAAUUAGUGUUUCUCAAGGUCCAGGAAUCCGAGCAAUGGGCAAUGCAAGCAAUCAAGAGGAUUGGCUGGUUGAAUGCAGCGACGAGGAGUUAUAUGAUGUAGCCAACAAUUUAAUCAUACCAUUUAAUCAACCUGGUGGGACCAAAUUAUGGGAACCAAGCGGUUUGAAAAUAUCUUCAUUGUACAAACAAAUUGAAACAUCUAACUUGGUGGAUCUGAAAUGGAUAUGUCCAGAAAAAAGGUCAUCAUCUGAUCAUUCAAACAACUUGGUUGAAAAGAGGCAGAUCGCUGAACCAAAUGAAAGCAAGCCUAGUUCAAUGGAGCCAAAUCAAUUUGAUUUUGAUGAGGAACCGCAACCCGAAAAGUACAAUGAUUUCCCUAAAGCAGGGCCCAAAAGAAGAAACAACCAGGGCCAAAGAAAAGUCACCAAAUUGGACAAAGUCUUGAAUGAUAUGAAAAAGUAUCAAGAUGAUUUCAGUCAUUUAACAAACACAUGAUCCUGUACAAAAUAACCCAGUCAUUUGUUUAUAGAGUUUUUAACCUAUUCCAUUACUUUUUUAAAUUUGAUAAAACAAGUCAUCAUGUUGAUGAUUGUAAUUUCAAUGGGUCUCAUUAAAUUGGCAUUACCAAAGUAAAUUUCCAACAAUUUCAAUUCAUUUUCAUGGCGCACCGGUUAAAUGAGAGUUACCAUUGAAAAGCAAAAAAAAUGUAAAUUUGUAAACGGUUUACUGAUUGAAUAGCCAAAUUUGUUAGGAAUUGUUAUUAAAAUAUAAUUUGUAAUCUGACUCUUCUAACCACAUCUGUAUGAUUACAGAUUGGAAAUACACCAAAAUUGUAUCUGAUUCCAUGUAUCCAUGUGCCUUGAAGGUUGUCAAUUUCAUUAACGAUUAAAACAAAACAUUAAUUGUAAGAAAAAAAAA